AUGGCCAAUCCUAAGGAAGAGGGGUCGACAGAUCCAUACAAGAUCACACUCUCCCACUUCGGCGAUGCCAUGAAGAACAGCCCGAGCCGCCGAAAGCCCGUCCAGCGCGUUCUCGACCUUUAUGACAAGAUCCGCAGAGGAGGCAACAUGAACCAAGAGGUCCAGGAAAAGUUCUUCAACGACAUUUCCGAUAUCAAGUGGGCGACCAGUCUGAAGACCGCGGUCAGCACUCAUGGCAGCUAUAAGGCGCUGAAGGGGAAUGGUGGUCGCCAUGAGAACAGACGCUUCAGCAACUGGGUGAUUGUGAGCGCCUGCUGGCCCGAUGCCGACAAACUCCCCGACAUCAGAGCAAACAUGGCCAAGUACUGGGGUCUCAAGAUCUUUCCAGACGGCGAAUUCCCCAAGGUCGCAGUCGACAAACAAUUGACGUUGUAUCUGGGAAAGCUUGAGAAGAAGCACCCAUCAAAGUCCAAGUCACGAACGAUCGGGUCGGCCACUGAUCCAAAGGGCAAAGGACCUCAGACACCCAACCAGGGAGGUGACCACGGAUCUAUUGAUGGCGACUCCAGCGGCGGCGAAUCCGAGGACGAGGCCAUCAUUGAUGAAGAGUCAACGACGGCGGCCCAGAAGGCGCGCGACAAGAGCUUGAAGGAAGAGGCACAAAAAGAAAGGAACAGCAACCCCGACCAGGUCGAAAAAGCAAGUGGUUCGAGUGGUCUAGCGACCAUGGAGAAGAUAGAGAAGGCAAGGGCCAACGUAUCAAAGGCCUACGCGAACCGAGGAGCGAAGCGACCUGCUGACCCGACCCCAGCCACGGAUUCUCCUCCAGCGAAGCGUGCUAGCACACAUAGUGCAUUGGACCGUCAGGCUAUAGCUCUGGCCGACCUCCUGCGCGACCUCCCAUCCAACAGUGAGAGGCUUCAGAAGCUUGAAGAGGAGAACGACCAACUCAGAGAGGAGAACCGGCAACUCAAAGAGAGGAUAGACAAGGCCGAGGCCGCUCACGAAAAGGAGACCAUGGAUACGUUGUUGGUCCUGCUUGAUGUGGCUCAAAGAAAGGUAGCCUCCGAGGCGACCAAGGCGACCUAG